CAGGAUUCGAAGCAACGAAACACUGGGCCGCCUGCAGCAGAGCGUGUGAACUUAACCACUUGGCCACGGGGCCAGCCCCUCAAUCUCAAUUUUUGAUGACCAUCUACCCAGUCACCAAAUGACUCUUCUCUCCUUCAUGAUCACCCCUUUGCAUUUAAAAUGUCACCAAGUCCUAGUGAUUCUACAUUCUGGUUUAUUUUUAUCUAUCUUUUUGUCAUCCUCAUCACUAUCAAUGUGAUACCACACAUGGACUAAAACUUUACAUGCAUUUUAAUGAAUUUAUUUAUAAAUGUAUAUUAUUAAUUUCCACUAUUAACCUCCUGAGUCAUUUUCUACAGAUAUACGUCAGAAUCUGUAUUUUGCACAAAACCUCCCCCAGACAAUUCUGAUGUGUAAUCUGAUUUUCCAACCCUGGACAAUAAUAACAGCUUCCUAAUGGUAGCCUUGACACUGGCUUCCCCUCCCUGCAUCCUAGUUUACACAACGAAAUAUGUAAUUUGUAAAAUAGCUGAUGAUGCCACUCCUUGUCUUAAAAGUUUUCAGUGUUUGCCUAAUGUUUGAAUGACAAAUUCAAGAUUUUUCACAUGGCUUUCCACCCAUUUUAUAAUCCAGGCUCUUCUAAUGUCUUUACUUUUGACACUGCAUCCAUGUCCUACACACAGAAUUUCUCUACCUCAUUCACUACUUUGCCCACAAAUUUGUUCAUAGUCAGCAUGUCUUUCUCCUCUUCUAACUCUGUUCAUUCCUGCACAUAAUUUUUGAGUGAAAUAAUUGGAUUUUUCCAAUAUAACAAUUUCUCCAAAUAGUUUCCAUGUAUCAUAGUAAGAGUAAAUAAAAUUAAGGGCAUUCAACCUAGUGUAUGCUUUUAUUUCAUUUACUCUCACCAAGUUUUCUUUUAUAAUUCUUCAAUGAAUUUUCUUUUUAUAUUGACUAUACUUCAUUUCAGGGGUCAUCUAUUAAGGAUAUGGACACUAAGAAUGCAACAUUGCUGACAGAGUUUAUUCUCACAGGACUUCUAUAUCAACCAGAGUGGCACAUCCCCCUGUUCCUGGUAUUCUUGCUUAUAUAUUUCAUCACUAUUGUGGGGAACCUUAUUCUGAUUGCACUCAUCUGCAGUGACCCUCAACUCCACAUCCCCAUGUACUUAUUCCUUGGGAGUUUGGCUUUUGUGGAUGCUUGGAUAUCAUCCACAGUGACUCCCAAGAUGCUGGUCAACUUCUUUGCCAAGAGUAAGAUGAUAUCUCUCUCUGAAUGCAUGAUACAAUUUUUUUCCCUUGGAAUCAGUGCAACCACGGAAUGUUUUCUCUUGGCAAGUAUGGCAUAUGAUCGCUGUGUGGCUAUAUGUAAACCUUUACUUUAUCCAGUGAUUAUGACCAAUAGACUAUGCAUACAACUGUUAGUCUCAUCAUUUGUAGGUGGCCUUCUUCAUGCCUUAAUUCACGUAGGGUUUUUAUUCAGAUUAACCUUCUGUCAUUACAACAUAAUACAUCACUUUUACUGUGACAUCAUGCCAUUGUUUAAGAUCUCCUGCACUGACCCUUCUAUUAAUGUUCUGAUGCUAUUUAUUUUUUCUGGGUCAAUUCAAGUGUUCACCAUUCUGACUGUUCUUUUCUCUUAUACACUUAUUCUCUUUACAAUCUUAAAAAGGAAGUCUGUACAAGGCAUCAGGAAAGCCUUUUCCACCUGUGGAGCCCAUCUCUUAUCUGUCUCUUUAUACUAUGGCCCUCUUCUCUUCAUGUAUGUGCGCCCUGGAUCUGCACAGAGAGAUGAUCAAGAUAUGGUGGACUCUCUAUUUUACACUGUCAUCAUUCCUUUGUUAAAUCCAAUUAUCUACAGCCUGAGAAAUAGGAAAGUCAUAGAUUCACUGGCAAAAAUGCUAAAGAGAAAUGUUUAGAUCUCAUACUAAUAACUGUUAUCCUUUCAUUAAGACAGUCACAAAAUUAUGCAGAUUAGAUGUUGCUAUCUGUUGAUUAGUGUUCAAAUUUUUUAAAAUUAUAAUUGUCCCAUUAUUUUAAUGACUUAAGGUAUUAGUUCAUAAUAAACUCAUUAAAUUAUUUGUACAUCUUAUUCAAAAACACACAAGGAACUUUAAUCAGGUGUUUAUAUCAUACUCAAUUAACUAAAGCAGAAAACACUGUACAUGUCUGUAUAUUCUUCAAUGUGUCUCUCUAAAUGCAUUUAUUAAGCACUAAAAUUUUGUAGUUCCUGUGAACAGAACUCAAGUAUGAUGUCUUUGAUAAUAAUACAGCUGAGCAGCCUGGAGACUUAUAUCACAUUUAACUCCACAGUGGAGGCAGGUUUGCCUUUGGGUGAACAGAGGUAAUCUCAGGAAUUCCACUAGCCACCAAAGUCUUUCAUUCCACUUUAUUUGGACAUGGUGAUUUUCACUUCUUGAAGAUUCAACUCUCAUGUCACACAGAGAAAUAAAGAUAAAUGGAAAAAAUAAGAAGGGAGUUAAGACAGUGAAGGUUGGUCUAAAUUAUAAGAGGAUGCUCUUAGCCUAGUGUGCAUGAUGAGUAAUGAGAAAGAUAGCUGCCUCUCACUGUCAAUGAUGCCUGAAAAGGUCCUUUCCAGCUGUGUUUGUUUGUUGUAGGAUAGUUUUAAAUACUUCACUAAUUCAGAAGGAGAUGAGAUUGAAGAAUUUAAUUGGCAUACAGAGAAACAGAGAAGUGGCAGAAUAGGAAGGAAAUGAUCAAUCUUCCAAGAAUUUUUUUUAAAAAGUUAAGGUAGUGAGAUAAACAAAUCAGUAAUACAUAAAGUUUUUUAGAAUAUGUUGUUGACAUGAGGUCUUCAAAUACAUAUUACUGAACUUCCAAUAAUGUUAAGGUGAUAUGAUGUCAUAAGGCCUAGUGGGUGGCUGUGAAGGACAUGAAAAUGAGCAAGAGUUUGGACAUUUUGUGUCCUUAUAUUCCUUCAGUGUUAUCUUUCAUCUCACUCCAAAUUCUAAGUAUAACGAGUGACCUGUCUUCAUGUCCACCCCUGCCCUUCCUAUCUCAACACUGAAAUUCUAUACACUUUCCAACUGAUCCCACUCAGGCCCUCCCUCAAAGCUACCCAGCUCCGUGAUUUGUAAAACUCUAGUUACUUAGCUCCCACAUCCCUUUGAUGCUCUUCCUUCCUAAACAUAGCUGCUGGGUAAUGAUUCAUAAACAGAACUUAGAUUAAAUCAUAUCCAUUUUCAAUAACUUUUAAUAGAUUGUCAUUGCUACUAGAUUAUGUGCAAAUAUGGUGUAUGUAUCUAGAUCUGUACACAUUCACAUGUAUAUGUUUAUUUGUUCAAGUGUAGGGCUGGAUUAUAUGAUACAUGUAUUUACAUAUCUCUGCAUCUAGAUCUCUAGAUCUCUAUCUACACAUCCUUAUAUCUAUCUCUGUCUCUAUGUCUAUCUCUAUCUUCCUCAUCCUGGUUUGCUCAUUCUGGCAUUAUUUGAGGUCCUUUCAAAUAAAACCUUGGUUUAAUUCUGAAGUCUCUUCCUCCACACUCUCCCAAUGGACUCUGUGAUGUACAUAAAAUAAGUUAUAGAAAGCUUUCUGGACAGCCUUCACUCACUCAGGUACAUUGUUUUGCUAAUUCAGGUCUCUCCACAGGGAAAGGAAACACAGAAAUGGUGUCCUUUCUUCAAAAACGGUCUCAAAUGUUACAGCUUCUAUGAUGCAUUUCCAGAUUAUCUUGAAGGGGAUAGUAAUGCUCACUUGAAACAUUGAAACAUUUAACAGUUAAUUCUUCUGAGGCCACGCUUGGCCUUGUAUAAUACUUAUUUGGGGGCUACAAGCUUUUUUUAUUACAAGUUAGUUGUCCUAGUCUCUUUCUAUCUUUUGCAGUGUUUAACAAAGAGGUUUGCACACAUGAGGUCCUAAAUAAGUAUUCGUGAAAUAUUUGUAAAAUUAAAUUAAUCUGACAGCACAAACACAUAGAAAGCAGUAAGAGUGCAUCACUCAUUUCCAAUCUUGUAAAGAGCCUAGGAGAUUACUGGGCCUGGGAUGGCUGCUCCAUGCCAACUCUCAAGAUUCUUUCAUGACGAUCACAAACAUCAUACACCUAAAGUGAAUUAUUCCUGUUCUUCUUAUCACUAGGAUUGACUCCUGUGACAGACUGUGACAAAAUAUCAGGAAGAAGCUAUUCAAUUAGAUGUUUGGUUUAACUGUUUGUUUGGUUUAAAAGAUAUCUGUUUAAAAUAGAUAAGCAUUCAAAACAUAAUUAUUCUAUGCUCUGGAGGUCCACUUCACAAGUUGGACCAUGUCACCUGCAGUUCCUCUGAGGGAACAGAUGCAGUCUGUGCAGAAACUGAAAUAUGACAAUGUACAUCUGAAAUUCACACAAUGUUAUAAGCCAAUAGGACCUCAAUAAAAUAAUUUAAAAGAAAAACAAAAAAUGA